UCGUGUUCUGUUCGCAGGUGGGAUGCGUGACCAAACGCUGGACUAUUUCUUCAGUCGGAGUUUUGUAACGAGGAUGGACGCUGCCGAGGUUAGCUGGUCGCAUGCAGUGAACAGCAGGAGCAGGCUGGCGGAGGCGCUCACAGGUCCUUCUCUUAUGAUUGAAGCUGACAUUGUCAUGAGAGGUCGUGAUCCCAAAGAGCCAAUCAUGGCACAUCCCCCUGAUACAGACAGUGACAUCACCCUGAGGGAAUGGCUGGAGAGAGUGAAAGAGUACGGCAAGGGGAUAAAGCUGGACUUUAAGAGCAUGGAGGCUGUGUCAACAUCUUUAGUCCUGCUGCAGGAAGUGCUGACUGAGCCAUACCGUCCUGUGUGGAUCAACGCAGACAUCUUCUCGGGUCCUGGGGGGCAGAUCGGACCUCUGGAGCAUCACACCUUCCUCUCUGUUGUGACUCAUCUUCCCUCACACACUGUGCUGUCUCUGGGCUGGACUACAGGAUGGACUGCUGGGACAGAUAAUCCAGGCUACAGCUGGGAUAUGGUUCAUAUGAUGGAGAAGAUCUGUAGAGACCUUAAACAUCCCGUAACAUUCCCAGUACGUGCAGCUCUGCUGGCCAAGUCCUUCUCCCAGCUGGCAUGGCUGCUGAAGCAGUCAGACAGGUACACUCUAACUGUGUGGACGGGCCACAGUGAUGAGUUCUCACUGCAGGACUUGCUGCCCUACAGAGACGAGUUUGCCACGAGCAGGAUUUACUUUGACCUGCCAGACUCUCUAAGAGCACGGAUCAGUUCAGCACAAUAAGCAAAUAUGAAUCCAGUGAGAAGUUGUCUGGCUGUGACAUUAACUGGUGCACCUGCAAGUGGAAACUAACUUCAUCCUGAAUUUAUCUGAAGCUCAUUUCCUGUUAAAACAGAGUUCAUCCUCCCCACGGUCACCGACUGCUUGCUCAUAGGAAUCGUCUAUUCAUGAGGAUCCUCUGCGGUACUGUAAGGUGUCUGCCUCACAGUAUUAAGGCCAUGACAUUAAUGUUAUGACCCACAAUAAAAUGAUUUAUGAGUAAUAAAGGACGUAAUAAAACAAAUGGCAGUCAUAAAAAUAUGUUAUUAAUAAAAUUAUUAGUAACAUGUUUUUAAUAACAUGAAAUUAUCAUAUUAAUAAAACUAUUAUUAAAAUGAUCAUAUUUCAUAACUCAUUCAAUAAUUCAAAAAUUAUUUGAUUAUUAAAAAUAUCCAAAAAAAAUCCAUUUUUAAGCCAAAAGAAGUUUAUUUUUUUUAUGGCCAAAAAUGCCAUCUGUUCGUGGGCCUGUGUGUGUGUGUGAAUAUGUGUUAAACCAUAGUUCUUAGUGCUUAGUUAAACUUGUGCUUUUGUAAUAUUUAGAAUGGAGAUACAGGCUGCAUGCCCCGAUGGAAAGCUUUAUUACUAUUUAUUUCCAUUUGUUUAAUACGAAAUAGGAAAUUCACAAUCAAAGUCUGAGUCACAAACUCUCACGAUCCCGAAAACCCCCCAGCAUCUCCCGUCUAUCCCCCAAACCUCAGGCAAGUUAACAGUGUUCUCCUGAAAAAACCCUGUGUCUUCCUCCAAACUCACAGCACUCCUAACUUCUCACAUCCAGCGCACAGCCUAAAUUGUCCGUCUUACUCGCCUCGUCUCAGCUCCCGAGUGAUGCUUACCUCUUUUUUGAAACUUUGUGCCCGAGACCAACUCCGCCUCAUAGGCGUGCCUAACUUCGCCCGCUACCAAUCACAUAUCACACAUAUGCUCCUGGUGAGCAUAAGAUGUCUGAUAUCAGCUUGGCAUCUCGGUUAUAAAUGAAAUUCAAAAUGUUUUUGGUAUCACUAAUGUAUAAUUUGACUUGUGAGGUACACACAACAAGGCCUAGAAGAAAAGGGGAUAGUUUACUUCGUGCUAUAAAAACACAAUCCUUAAUCUUUGAUUGUGAGAAAAUUGUAAGCUGGGAGAGAAUACAGCAUUAUGCAAGCAAUAUGUUUUGGCUGUGUCCGUAGAUCUAAGACAUAAACCUGUUAUUAGUUAUUAAAGUUAACUGGAGUGCAGCUUUAAUUUAAAAUUAUUUCAUGAGCUGUCCAGGAAUUACAGACAGCUUUAUACUGAUAUACUGAUAUAAAAUUCCCUGAGUGUAUUGGCUGCAUAUGACAAGCAUUUGUAAAUCAUUAGUAAUUACUCUUGCAUAGGUGUUUUGCUUGUUUUAAAUUUGUGCACUAUUUUUUGUAUUUUUCUAAUAUAUCUCUGAUUCACGUUUUCUUACUGACCGUUGUGCUCCUGUAACGUGAAUUUCCUGAGUGUGUCAUUAAUAAAGUCUGUGUCUAUGCCAAA